AAAUAAUCGAUAAAUUGGAAAAACAUGUUGCAGUUAAUGGGCUUACGUUUUGUUGACGAUUAUUGUUCAUCUGGUAAAAUCUACAUCUCUCCUCAUGUCGUCGAUGAAUAAAUUGUCGGCCACUAUUAGAUCAUUCCAUUCGUCAGCAGCAAGAUUUAAGAAAAACGUAGAGUUCACUGCGGUAAGAUAUCCUUAUUUAAAGCGAGGAAACUAUUCCUUUUUAUCCGACAGGCAUCUGGGAUUUUUCCAAAGUAUACUGACUCCUCAUCAAGUGCUAACUGAUGAAUUCAAUGACCUAUCAGGCUACAAUGUGGAUUGGAUGCAUUCAGUAAGAGGCUCCAGUCGAUUGGUCUUACGGCCAAAAACCACUGAAGAAGUUGGGGCUAUUCUGCAGUAUUGUAAUGCUCAAAACAUUGCUGUGUGUCCACAAGGUGGUAACACAGGUCUUGUGGGUGGGUCUGUGCCAGUAUUUGAUGAAGUCAUCAUGUCCUUGGGGCUGAUGGAUGCAGUUAUUUCUGUGGAUGAAUUAUCAGGAAUUGCAAUUGUACAGGCUGGUUGUGUUUUAGAAAAGCUUGAAACAAUAUUGCACCUUAAUAAUUUGACUUUGCCUCUUGAUUUGGGAGCCAAAGGUAGCUGCCAGAUUGGAGGAAAUGUGGCAACUAAUGCUGGGGGAAUCCGUCUCCUUCGAUACGGAAAUUUGCACGGAUCGGUAUUGGGAUUGACUGCUGUUCUUGCAAACGGCCAAAUUAUGGACUGUCUUAGUACGAAUAAAAAGGAUAACACGGGCUAUGAUUUAAAACAACUUUUCAUCGGCUCUGAAGGUACUUUAGGAGUCGUUACUCAAGUCGCACUGCAUUGCCCAUCAAAACCGACCUCAGUGCAAGUAGGAUUCUUUGGUAUCAAUUCAUUUGACAACGUUCUUGAAACAUUACGUCUUUCCAAACAAAACCUGGGAGAAAUUCUCUCAUCUUGUGAGCUAAUAGAUGCGUCUUCUUUGGAAUGCGUCACAUCACAGCUGAAACUUAAGUCUCCAGUAAAUCAUUUUCCUUUUUAUAUUCUACUAGAAACGUCUGGUUCGAAUGCUGAUCAUGACGCCGAAAAGUUGAAUUCCUUACUGGAAAUGCUACUUAAGAAUGGAACGAUCGUGGAUGGUACAAUUGCUGUUGAUUCAACUCAAGCAACAAAUUUGUGGGCAUUGCGUGAGAGAAUUGCUGAAGCUUUAGCAUCUGAAGGCUACGUUUACAAAUACGACGUGUCUGUGCCCAUUCGACAAUUCUACCAACUUGUUGAUGUCAUGCGAGCUCGAUUAGAAAACCUACCCAUCCGGUGUUGUGGUUACGGACAUUUAGGCGACGGCAAUCUUCAUCUUAACAUUACCAGCCAGGAGUACAGCUCAGAACUCCUCAACAAGAUUGAGCCUUUUGUUUACGAUUGGGUUUCUCGGCAACGCGGAAGCGUGAGCGCAGAACACGGACUAGGUUUAAAAAAGAGAGACUAUAUCGAGUACACUAAGUCGCCAACAUCCGUUCAUUGGAUGCGCCGUAUGAAGAAGCUCUUUGACCCCAAUAACAUUUUAAAUCCUUACAAAAUCUUCCCAGGAACGUUAAACGAGUAAAUUUUGAUGAGCUCAGCUACAGUUUAAGUAAAAGCGCAAUACACAAAAUGCGUAGCUAUUACAAUAACAUUUUCUAAACAGGAUCUAGCCCGUUUGAUAUUGUUUGUUGCUGAGUGUAACGAUAAAAAGAGAAUAAAAAAAUUAAGUAAACAUCUUGUAUAGUUGUAUAAAGAUGUUAAUACACAAAUUUCUGUAUGUUUCUUAUGUGA